AUGGCUGCCCCGGCCGCCUCCUCCGACAGCGUCUCUAUGAUGGCCGCCACACCUCAAUGGACCAUCCAGGGCCUUAGCCGCUCCUGCGAUAAGCCCGAUACCACUUGCACCUGGAACUUCAAGAUCAACACCGGCAGCGGUGCCGCCACUGCCUGCAAAUAUGUCGUCAAGGGCAAGAGUGCCUCCAAGGCCAACGGUGGCCCUGCCAAGUGCGGCACCUUCACCAUCACCUCCGGCUGGAGUGGCCAGUUUGGCGCCGGCAAGGGCUUCACCACUGUCUCUGUUGUCAGCAGCAAGAAGCAGAUCAUCUACCCUGCCUACACCGACAAGCAGCUGGCUGGUGGUAAGGUCGUCAAGCCUGACCAGUCCUACGCCCCUGCUGCUCUCCCCUAG